AUGGGGGACGAGUAUCAUGAAUCCUCACUCACAACAGCAGGGGCCGCUGAAGGCGGAACGGCAAAGGAGAGCUUCGCGCUCACGGUGAAAAACAAUUUCGAGAGCCUCCAUCAGCUAGGCUUCGCUCCCAACGACGCUGCAGCGCUUGCUCUGAAGAUUGCCAUGGGGAAAGCGGAGCUCCUAGCAGCAAUCUCCAGGGCGCGUGCCAGCAGGGCAACGAGGGCCAGCAGUGCAGCCCAGGACAGCCGCCACGUGGCAGAGCUGAUACCCAAGGUGCUGUCGUCAGCAGACGCUGUGAGCCUGGUGUUCCUCGCCAUGCCAGAAGGGCUCUCCAAGGGCAACCUGCUGGGAAUUGACUCGGCGACUGUGAAGUUGUUCUACGAUGGAGUGGCGAAUCUGGGUGACGAGGUGGCAGCAGCAGUGGUGCGAGCCAGCGACAGACUUCUAAAUGAGCUCGCCCACACCAUGCCCUCCGCCCCCUCCUCCACUCUCGCCCACCACCUCCCCACCCCCCCGCCACCCUCCCGCCCUCCUGCCCUUGUCUCUCUCCCUGCACCUGCCACUGCUACCACCGCUGCGACAGCUGCCACGGCUGGGAGUGAGAGGGAUGAUGCCACUGCCACCACUGCUGCCACCACUGGCCCCACUGCUACCAAUGCCACAACUGCUAUGGACGUUGAUUCCCAACCUGCACUGCCAUUAACCGCCGCUGCUCCACCUUCCGAAAGCCUGGCCAGUGAAGCCCCCGCGAGUGCAGCAGCUGACGUGGACACAGGUGCAGGGGGGGCGGUGGGGGCAGGUGCAGGUGUAGCAACAGUAGCAGCAGCAGCAGUGGCUGCAGCAGCAGCAGCAGGGGCAACAGCAGGGGCAACAGCAGGGGCAACAGCAGGGGCAACAGCAGGGGCUGCAGCAGUGGUGGCAGGAGCAGCAGGGGCAGCAGCAGCAGCAGCAGGGGCGUCGGGCAGUGCGAAGAGGAAGGUGGAGUCGCUGGCAGCGGCAGCAGCGGAGGAGGGUGCAGGGCGAGAUGCGGAUGGGCCGUCGCCAGCUGUCAUGCGCUCCCUGCUCUUCCUUCUCGACAGCCCUUUCCUAAUGGAGCCCGAGAACCAUACGCUAUACCGCCGCCUGUGCGAGCUGCUGCUGGACCUGCCUCCACUCCCCCGCCAGCAGCUCAUCUGCACCCUCGCCAGCUACGAGCGGGCGCACCUACAGCAGGUGGUGGAGACGGCGCAGCACGUGAUCACCAUUCAGCUGUAUGAGGCCCACCGCCUCAUUGACACCGUCAAGCUCGCCACUCGCGUGCUCGGGAUAUUCUUCGCGGCGAACGAGAGGGGCCGUCAGCUCCCACACUCGGCGUUCUACAACGACGCCCUCAACAGUGACGAGUUUGUGGACUUGGAGCAGGACUACAGCAAGUGGAAGCACAGAGACAGGUAUCUUGACCCCUUCACCCUGUGCGAGCAUCCCUAUAUUCUCGAGGCAGCCAGCAAGGCGGCAGUGCUGCAGGUGGAGUCACGAGUGGAGAUGUCCCACCGCUUCCACGAUGCCUUGCUGGGCAUGGCGCUCAGGGGACUCACGGGCGCACACAUGGCGAACCCCUUCUGUGUGCUCAUUGUUCGGCGGGAUCACAUUUUGGAAGACGCUAUUCUGCAGGUGCAACAGCAUACAGGGGACUUGAAGAAACCACUCAAGGUGAAGUUUGUGGGAGAGGAGGGGGUGGACGAGGGCGGUGUGCAGAAGGAGUUCUUCCAGCUCAUCAUGCGCGACAUCGUUGACGCCAAGUUUGGCAUGUUCACAUACAACGAAACGACGCGCUCCUUCUGGUUCAGCGCAUCCCCCAUCGACAUGCCACUCGAGUUUGAGCUCGUAGGCACCGUGCUGGGGUUAGCCAUCUACAACGCGCACAUCCUCGAUAUAAGCUUCCCCCUUGUCGUCUACAAGAAGCUCCUGGGGAAGAAGACCUGCCUGGACGAUCUAGCCGGGGUGGACCCGGACCUGCAUCGAGGGCUCAAGGGGCUGCUGGCAUUCCAGGGCAACGUUGAGGAGGUGUACUCAUGGUGCUUCGAGGCGUCAUACACGGACGUCUUUGGCUCGCCCACCACAGUGCCGCUCAAGGACGGUGGCGAGAACCUUCCUGUCACCAACAGCAACCGAGAGGAGUUUGUGGAGCUGCUGGUGGACUUUCAUCUGAACAAGCUAGUGGAGCGCCAGUUCGGCCCCUUCUCCCGCGGCUUCCUGCGCCUGUGCGGCGGCCCCGUGCUGCGCCUCUUCCAACCGGACGAGCUCGAGUUGCUCAUCUGCGGCUCCCCCGUGUUCGACUUUGAAGAGCUGUGA